AUGAAGCCAUCGCUCACCCUCGCCCGGUCAUCCCGUGCUCUCCAAAUCCGCCCCGCCCGUCCCCUCAUCGCAUCCGCCGGCCGACCAGGGCUUUCUGCGCGCGCCGCGCCAGCCCGCACCGCGCCAGCCCGCACCUUCUUCUCGCUCCCAGAUAUCACGCGGCUCGCGACACUCAUCCCCGGCCCAGAGAUCGAGAAUACAGGCGAAGAACAGCGGUUCCAUGCACGCAAGGUCCUCCCUUACUCGCCCGCACAACUGUACGAACUCGUCUCGGACGUGCCGGCCUACGUCGACUUCAUUCCGUUCUGCACGGCUUCGACCGUCCUCGACACGCAGGGAUAUCCGACGUCGUGGAGGCCCGGACCUGAGCCGUUCGCCGUCGACGCAGAGCUGGCAGUCGGGUUCGGCGGACUCGAGGAGAGAUAUGUGUCCCGGGUCGUGGGGACGCCGUUUGAGAGCGUUUCGGCAACCGCAUCCAAGCGUACCCCCCUGUUCAAGAACCUCGUGACGACUUGGUCGUUCGCGCCAGCCGGCACAGGCGGCCACAUCGCCUCCUCCACCCUCCUCACCAUCGACCUGACCUUUGCCUUCGCCAACCCCCUGCACCGGAUCGCAAGCCAGGCCGUCCUCCCCAAGGUGGCCGAUAAAAUGGUCGAGGCCUUUGAAACUCGCGCCGGUCAAGUAUACGGUGCGAGGUAA